UUUAUGGGUAUUGUAGUCCAACCGGCACAGCUUGUCACAGCGCUCCGCCUCCAUAAAAACUACAGCUUGCCGAGUUGCAGUUAUCCGGUGCCCAGUUGCAUCAGCUUAUGAAGCUAUAAAAGCCUGUUGAAUUGAACGUUUUAUGUUUCGCUUUAGAAGUCUUCCGAGGUAUUAAGUCGUGGAGUCCUUGCUGACGGCUGGAGAACUGGAGACGGGUUGAGAUGAAGCUGUUUGUGAGUGAAGGCAGUCCGCAGUGUGUGAAGGUGCUGGCGGCGCGCGAGCACACCGGACAGCAGUGUGACGUGCAGCUGCUCGGCCACGAGGAACGGGUGGUGUCCUUCCUGAGUCGCCCAGUCCUGCCUGCUGCGCUGUUACCCAGCGGCAAGCAACUUUUCAGUGCUAAUGCCAUCUGCCAAUAUCUGUUCGAGGUUGGUGGGAAAGAGAUCACCGAUACUAGCAGGCAGUUAUUGGAAUGGGAAGCAACAGAAUUGCAGCCUGUGCUGCUUCAGGCCCUCCAUGUGGCAGUGCUUCAGGGGAAGAGCAGCGAGGCUGGCACACUGCUGAAAAAACCUCUGAGCUGGCUGGAGCAGUAUCUGAGUGGAAAAUCCACACAGUUCCUAACUGCAGACACAGUCGAAGUGGCAGACAUCGUCUUGUGGGCUGCACUGUACCCCGUUCUGUCUAACCCGGCUUUGGAAGCUGGUGAGCUGCGUUCUGUUCGAGGUUGGUUUGACCGUGUAGGUCAGCUCCCAGCAUGCACCAAAGCAGUGCAGAAAAUUCUGCCAGGCAAAGACCUUAAUGCUCUGAAGAAUUUCCUUCAGAAGCAACCAGCUCCACACUCACAGCGAAGAGAGAACCUGCCCAAUGAGACUGAUGAUGCUGAGCAUGUGAUUACUGAGGAGGAGAUUGAGGUAGCUGCUCAGGCUUGGAGUAAAGGACUGGCAGAGUGUCAUGAUAUCAUGGAACGGCAACACCCUAUCUUACCUAAGGAGGGGAAGCGUAAUGUGCUGGUCACCAGUGCACUGCCGUAUGUCAACAACGUGCCUCACCUUGGCAACAUCAUCGGUUGCGUGCUCAGUGCUGAUGUAUUCUCCAGAUACGGCCGUUUGCGUGGCUGGAACUUGCUGUAUCUGUGCGGGACAGACGAGUAUGGCACUGCAACCGAGAACAAGGCUCUUGAGGAGGGUCUAACGCCCCAGGAGAUAUGCGACAAAUACUUUGUUGUCCACGAGGCCAUCUACAAGUGGUUCCAGAUCGACUUUGACUUUUUUGGCCGCACCACCACUCCACAACAGACAGAAAUUUCGCAGAACAUUUUCUUUCGUUUACUCGAGCGUGGAUUUCUGAACGAGGACACAGUGGAGCAGCUGCGCUGUGAGAAGUGCCAGCGCUUCCUAGCUGACCGCUUUGUGGAGGGUGGGUGUCCUCACUGCGCAUAUCCUGAAGCCAGAGGAGACCAGUGUGAUAAGUGCAGCCGACUCAUUAACGCUGUAGAGCUCAAGAAUCCUCAGUGUAAGGUGUGUGGAGAGACUCCUGUGAUUCGCAGCUCUAAGCACUUGUUCCUCGACCUGCCCAAGCUGGAAGGCGAGUUGGAGAAGUGGCUGGAGCAGUCUUUAAAUACUGGCGACUGGACAGCUAACGCUAGGCAAAUCACCCGCUCAUGGAUAAGAGAUGGUCUGAAGCCACGCUGCAUCACACGAGAUCUGAAGUGGGGGACACCUGUACCACUCCCAGAUUAUAGUGAGAAGGUCUUUUAUGUCUGGUUCGAUGCCCCCAUUGGCUACCUCUCCAUAACCGCCAACUACACCAGUGAAUGGGAGAAAUGGUGGAAGAACCCGCAACAGGUGGAGCUGUACAACUUCAUGGCAAAAGACAAUGUUCCAUUCCACAGUGUGGUUUUCCCCUGCUCUCUGCUCGGGGCACAGGACAACUACACACUCGUCAACCAUCUCGUCGCUACAGAAUAUUUGAACUAUGAGGACACAAAGUUCUCAAAGAGCCGUGGUGUGGGAGUGUUUGGAGACAUGGCUAAAGACACGGGCAUUCCAUCUGAUGUUUGGCGGUUCUACCUUACCUACGUGAGACCUGAGAGCCAAGACUCUUCCUUCUCUUGGGCUGACCUGGCUCUGAAGAACAACUCCGAGCUGCUCAAUAACCUGGGCAAUUUUAUCAACAGGGCAGGCAUGUUUGUGAGUAAGUUCUUUAAUAGCUGUGUGCCGGAGAUUGUUCUGCAGGAUGAAGACAAGCGUCUCAUUGCUCAGGUGUCCUGGGAGCUCAAGCAGUACAUCCAGUUGCUGGACAAAGUCAGGAUUCGCGAUGCCCUGAAGUGCAUUCUCAACAUCUCUCGUCACGGCAACCAGUAUAUUCAGACCAGCGAACCCUGGAAGAAGAUUAAAGGAGGAGAUGAGGACAGGAAACGUGCAGGCACAGUAACUGGUUUGUCUGUGAAUGUGGCGUGUCUCCUGUCGGCCAUGUUGGAGCCGUACAUGCCCACAGUCAGUCAGACCAUCCGUACCCAGCUGCAAGCUCCGGAUAAUUGUGCCUUUGCCAUGCUGGGUGCUGAGGGAUGUUUCCUCCGCAGCCUCUCAACCGGCCACCAAAUCGGCACGGUAAGCCCUCUGUUCCAGAAGCUGGAGCCUGAGCAAAUUGAGAUCCUGAGGAAGAAAUUUGGAGGACAACAGCCGGAGGAGGAGACCCCUAUGGGAAAGACUGAAGACACUGAGCAUGUGAUCACGCCAAAGGAGAUUGAGGUAGCUGCUCAGGCUUGGAGUAAAGGAUUGGCAGAGUGUCAUGAUAUCAUAGAAAGGAAACACCCUAUCUUGCCUAAGGAAGGGAAGCGUAAUGUGCUGGUCACCAGUGCACUGCCGUAUGUCAACAAUGUGCCUCACCUCGGCAACAUCAUCGGUUGCGUGCUCAGCGCUGAUGUAUUCUCCAGAUACGGCCGUUUGCGUGGCUGGAACUUGCUGUAUCUGUGCGGGACGGACGAGUAUGGCACUGCAACCGAGAACAAGGCUCUUGAGGAGGGUCUAACUCCCCAGGAGAUAUGCGACAAAUACUUUGUUGUCCACGAGGCCAUCUACAAGUGGUUCCAGAUCGACUUUGACUUUUUUGGCCGCACCACCACUCCACAACAGACAGAAAUUUCGCAGAACAUUUUCUUUCGUUUACUCGAGCGUGGAUUUCUGAACGAGGACACAGUGGAGCAGCUGCGCUGUGAGAAGUGCCAGCGCUUCCUAGCUGACCGCUUUGUGGAGGGUGGGUGUCCUCACUGCGCAUAUCCUGAAGCCAGAGGAGACCAGUGUGAUAAGUGCAGCCGACUCAUUAACGCUGUAGAGCUCAAGAAUCCUCAGUGUAAGGUGUGUGGAGAGACUCCUGUGAUUCGCAGCUCUAAGCACUUGUUCCUCGACCUGCCCAAGCUGGAAGGCGAGUUGGAGAAGUGGCUGGAGCAGUCUUUAAAUACUGGCGACUGGACAGCUAACGCUAGGCAAAUCACCCGCUCAUGGAUAAGAGAUGGUCUGAAGCCACGCUGCAUCACACGAGAUCUGAAGUGGGGGACACCUGUACCACUCCCAGAUUAUAGUGAGAAGGUCUUUUAUGUCUGGUUCGAUGCCCCCAUUGGCUACCUCUCCAUAACCGCCAACUACACCAGUGAAUGGGAGAAAUGGUGGAAGAACCCGCAACAGGUGGAGCUGUACAACUUCAUGGCAAAAGACAAUGUUCCAUUCCACAGUGUGGUUUUCCCCUGCUCUCUGCUCGGGGCACAGGACAACUACACACUCGUCAACCAUCUCGUCGCUACAGAAUAUUUGAACUAUGAGGACACAAAGUUCUCAAAGAGCCGUGGUGUGGGAGUGUUUGGAGACAUGGCUAAAGACACGGGCAUUCCAUCUGAUGUUUGGCGGUUCUACCUUACCUACGUGAGACCUGAGAGCCAAGACUCUUCCUUCUCUUGGGCUGACCUGGCUCUGAAGAACAACUCCGAGCUGCUCAAUAACCUGGGCAAUUUUAUCAACAGGGCAGGCAUGUUUGUGAGUAAGUUCUUUAAUAGCUGUGUGCCGGAGAUUGUUCUGCAGGAUGAAGACAAGCGUCUCAUUGCUCAGGUGUCCUGGGAGCUCAAGCAGUACAUCCAGUUGCUGGACAAAGUCAGGAUUCGCGAUGCCCUGAAGUGCAUUCUCAACAUCUCUCGUCACGGCAACCAGUAUAUUCAGACCAGCGAACCCUGGAAGAAGAUUAAAGGAGGAGAUGAGGACAGGAAACGUGCAGGCACAGUAACUGGUUUGUCUGUGAAUGUGGCGUGUCUCCUGUCGGCCAUGUUGGAGCCGUACAUGCCCACAGUCAGUCAGACCAUCCGUACCCAGCUGCAAGCUCCGGAUAAUUGUGCCUUUGCCAUGCUGGGUGCUGAGGGAUGUUUCCUCCGCAGCCUCCCAACCGGCCACCAAAUCGGCACGGUCAGCCCUCUGUUCCAGAAGCUGGAGCCUGAGCAAAUUGAGAUCCUGAGGAAGAAAUUUGGAGGACAACAGCCGGGGGAGGAGACCCCUACGGGAAAGGGUCCCAGUGAUAAGAGCACAGCGGAGACCAAGCCUCCCACUGCCGCAGCACCUACUGCUAGUCAAGGAAAGAAGUGAUGAGAGAGAAGAGGAAGAGUGAGGACGAGUGAGUACACCAUCUUUUGGGUGUACCAGAAGGAGAUAUCUAGUACAGGGAUAUAUAUAUAUAUAUAUAUAUUCUAUCUUCUUUUUUUUCUCUUCUUCUUCUUUUCUGUUUUCUUCUAAAAGGAUCAUUGUGAAUGAAAAAUAUAUCUGUAACCAGCUUGACAUGACUGCUGCCAAGACAGCCAAAAUGCAACCACUGUACAACAAUUAAUAAAAACACUUUAAUGUAGUAAGGCAAUACUUUGUCUGUAGAGCAAUUGUUUAAUCGUUUCAGUAGACAGGUUUAUAGAUCUUGGUCCGAAUAUGCAUUUAUUAUCUGAUUUAUUUUUUUUCUCUUUACUCUAAAUUGUUCACAUUGCUUGUAUUACUAAUCAAAUUCACUUAUUAAAUAAACACAUUUGUUCAAAAUUCA